AACUGUUGGAAGUUUUCUUUUUGACGGUUAUCAUCUUUCUCCCUCGAUCGAAGUCUCUUUGCUUCUCUCUCUCUCUCUCUCUCUUUUUGUUCUGAUCGCUUUGAAGAAAUGGCACGUACGAAGCAAACCGCUAGGAAAUCCACCGGUGGAAAAGGUCCAAGGAAGCAACUCGCUACCAAGGCGGCGAGGAAAACUGUUAGACGACCGUACAACGGUGGUAUCAAGAGGGCUCACCGUUUCCGUCCCGGAACUGUCGCCCUUCGUGAGAUACGUAAGUACCAGAAGAGUACUGAUUUGUUGAUCCGCAAACUGCCUUUCCAGCGUCUUGUUCGUGAGAUCGCUCAAGAUCAUAAGGUGGAUCUGAGGUUCCAAAGCCAUGCCAUACUCGCACUCCAAGAGGCAGCUGAAGCAUACUUGGUGGGUUUGUUCGAAGACACCAAUCUCUGUGCACUUCACGCCAAAAGGGUCACCAUCAUGCCCAAAGACAUUCAAUUGGCCCGACGCAUUCGUGGCGAACGUGCUUGAGUCACCUUGAUGACCUUGGAAACUUAUCUAUUAAAUAUUGUAUGUGUUUGUUUUCGUUUGUUCUUUGAUGGGAGGAGAUAGAAUCAUGUAAAUAGUGUGAGAUUCGUACUCUGGUAUAACCCUUUGGUGUGUGCAUCUUUUCUUUCUAUGGUUAUUCGUUAGGACUUCUCUUUUGCGUCUUGUUGUCAAAACAAUAUGUUUCCUGAAUGUUUUAUAUGUAA